GUGUUCUGAAGGAUUUUGUACCGGAAGUGUUGCUGCUGUUGCUGCUCACGGAUGUUACAAGCAAAAAUGUUGCAGAUGCGUCAUUGAAACAGAGAAGAGGGCUGCUGUCAUCUUUUUAACAUUUGUUAAUGCGAUGUUUAACCUUCAGACGACUUCAACAACGAUGGAGCUUCUUCCGCUCGUGUGUCUUUACAUCCUAGCGUGGUCAGCAAGAACUGAUCAAACCGAUCCACGUGUCACCGGGAUUGCUGUGAUGGAAGAUGAUGAUGUAGUUUUACCUUGUUCCUUUGGAGCUAUGGACAUUACAAACAUGGUCUUCGACUGGAAGAAACAAAACGUGGCAUAUAAUAAAAGGGAGGUGUUUUUGUAUGAAAGCGGCGCCAUGUAUGGUCCUAAACGUGGAGGUCAAGCUGAGCACUUCAAAGGUCGGGUCUUUCAUUUUCCCAACCAGCUCACAUCUGGUAAUGCCUCCAUACAAAUCAAACCUACAAAAGUGGACGACAGUGGAACUUACAUCUGUAUUAAGGCAGCUACUCCCCCCACAACACUGUCCAGAGUUCAGCUUACUGUUGAAUGUAAAGUCGUGCUUAUGCUGACAUGAACCAGUAUGAGCCACUAAUGUCACAGCCCCACUGGUUCCUCUGGUCUGGUGAUGUCUCCUUCCCUGUGUUUCCUCUUCACUUCUGUGUGUGUUUGUGAUGUUUGUGUCUGUGGCUGCAUUUAAAACUACAAACAUCUCUUAAUGAAACAGUUUCAUAAGAAUUUGGAGGAUAAUCAGGAAUACAAUGAAAACCUGCUGGAUUGCCGCCAUCGUAGGACUGAACUGAGUCUCCCUGGAAUGCAGCAUGUACCACAGACUCUAGUAUGCAGUCUAUUUAACCGGCUAAUUUUGCAGUCUGUUUAAGCAGGCUGAUCCAGGACCAAUAUGUAGGAUCAAUCCUGCAUUUGUUUCAUUGCAAAUACUCUUUUAGUCUGCUUGCUUUGCUUUCACCCCGUUUCUCAGCCAGCAAAUAAUCCUGGAAUUCACACUCCUUAUCCAACAUGCUCUGUACAAUUAAGCCAACCUGCUUGUUUUUCACUUAAUUCAGCAAAUCAGUCUGAACAGUUUUAUAAAUAUUUGGUGGAUAAUUAAAUAAAUACACCCUCAGCCUAAAAAAGCAUUACUAGAUGUUUUAUUCGGGCA